AGUUCCGGGGCGGGCGGCGGCUGCGGGUCCCGGCGCGGAGGGCGCGAGCGCGCGGCGCGGGCCGAGGGCCGAGGGCCGAGGGCGGCGGCGCGGGGACCCCGGGGCCCGGCGGCCCAUGGGGCGCGAGGCGUGAGGCCGCGGCCUGCCCUGCGGUGGGGGGUGGGGGGAGCGGGGCGGGGCGAUGGAUAAACUGACCAUCAUCUCAGGAUGUCUCUUUCUGGCCGCCGAUAUCUUCGCCAUCGCCAGCAUCGCCAACCCGGACUGGAUCAACACCGGGGAGUCGGCGGGAGCACUCACCGUGGGCCUUGUGAGACAGUGUCAAACGAUCCAUGGGCGAGACCGGACCUGCAUUCCUCCCCGACUGCCCCCAGAGUGGGUCACCACCCUGUUUUUUAUCAUCAUGGGGAUCAUUUCCUUGACUGUCACAUGUGGUUUGCUGGUGGCGUCCCACUGGCGAAGAGAAGCUACAAAAUAUGCUCGAUGGAUAGCAUUCACUGGAAUGAUCCUUUUCUGUAUGGCUGCCCUAAUAUUUCCAAUAGGAUUUUACAUCAAUGAAGUCGGAGGUCAACCUUAUAAGUUACCCAACAACACAGUAGUUGGGUCAUCAUAUGUACUUUUUGUCUUAUCGAUUUUCUUCACAAUAGUAGGACUUCUGUUUGCUGGCAAAGUCUGUUUACCAGGCUGACGAAUGUCUAAGCGGCUUAACUCUUAUUUUAUUUUAUUUUAUUUUUUUAUUUUUAGAGGUUGGGAGGACAAAGAGAAGGCAUCUGGGCAAUCCUCUCAUAGGAAGAUGCUUAGAUGAACCUGAUGCUGAAAGGAAAAAAUGCUUUGAUUUGUUCUCACUAUGCACUUUGGAUUUAAAAAACAAAACAAAAAAAGAAUGAGAGCCUUUUCCAUAACCAAAUACAAUAUUGACUAAAUCUCCUGAGCAUAUUCAGGCAGGCAGUCUGCACUGUGAUAGCAACCUAGUGAAGGAGAGUGCUUUAUCCUGAAAGCAUGCGGCCCCUUGUGACUCUGUUGAUCUGUUUUUAAUGUCUAAUGGUUCAUUGGAGGGGGGGCCGUCUAGUAUUUAUGAAUCAUGAUGGACCAGAGGGGUGCAGGAGGUUCGUGUGAGGCUGGCCUCACCUAAGAUGUUAGUGUUCUCAGCUUCCUCGUCAUGUCAUGAGCCUGUGGCACCACAAUGGAUCGCCAUUGCAUUACUGCACCGAGAAGCCAAUAGAUCAAAACUCGUUUGCUAAAAUGUAUGUAAGAAUUCUAAGACUCCCUAAUCUCUGUGUACAAAAGAAAAAAAGCAAACACUAAGAAACAAGUCUGGGGUGGGUGGGGGAAAUCUUCCUUAUAUUUAUAUAAAUAUAUAUAUAAUAUAUAUAUUUUGCUGAUGCAGUAUACAGUGUGUAUAUGUGUGUGUGAGUAUGUGUGUAUACAUUUGUAUAUGCACACAUGCAAACAGUUCCUGGAAGAGAACUCUGAAUGCUUGCUAGCAAAACACUGUGGUGUGCAACCUAGAACUCAAUAGAAAAAAAGCCAUUUAUCUGAAGGCUGCGUAGUGGAGAGAGUCUUCAGCUUACCUCAUUCUUUGUAGCAGCCCUUGAUUUUGGCAGGUUUCUGUAAUAGGUACAAAUAACUCCAUACCUUUCUAGGUGCAAUUUUAAGUUAAGCUAAAGAUCCUUUCUAGGUUUAAUUUAUUUGUGUAUGAUAGUAAAGAUGAGGUCAUGUCAAGCCGUACAGUGUGGGGACCUGGCACUGUUGAAGUGAGUGACAACUACCCUCUAUUGUAUGAACAUUCAUUUUUCCCACUGCCUCAGUCUGCUGCGUUAACAACGCGUCCUGUAUGUUCAAGCACACGACUUCACAUAAACACUAAGUUCACGUGCAGAUAGCUGGCUGUUUUGGCUAGUCACAACACUAAUUUUACAACACUAUUUACAACACUAAUUGCAUUUUAUCUGUAAGCAUUACUUAGUAUAUUUUUACCAGACUCUUGAGCAAUACAGUAUUUCCUUUAUAUGCUUUACACCUUUGCUGAAAAGCUAACACUUGCAUUUGCUUUGAAGGCUGCAUUACACUAACAGCCUUCUGGGUUUUUCUAGACGCAGCAGUGCAGCUGAUCCUGAACUCACGAGUGCUUUUAAAUAGUCCUUUCCUCUCCAAAUCCCCAUCCCUAGGUCAGCGCCUAGAUUUCCCUGGUGAACACUAUAUAAUCCCACUUGAAGUUUGUCAUGGGGAUGCCUCAUGGCAGCGGAGCUGAGUUUGUCCUUUCUAUCGUGAAUGGCAAUCCAAAUGUCCAUGUUGAGUCCCAUGUAGCCUGUGCUUCAUACAAGCAGGGAUGAUCUCUAAGCAGCUUGAUCAUUCCUCACAGGAUGGUUAUUCAGAGACAGGGCUACCUGCUCAGAUAGACCCCACCAGCCUGUUUGCUAGUGUUAAAUUGUGAAUGAAAAUCCAGUGUUUGGGCUCACACAGGAACCUUGGAGAAGUGGACCCUUCUGUGUGAGAAACCUGAAGUAAAUUGGAGGAAGGACAUUUUUCACCAAAUAUUAUAUCCAGUCAAUUCUAAGGCCACCACUAGACAUGUCCUGUGGACAUUUGGGAUUGUGCUUUGAUUAGCCCUCAGCCACUUGAAGGAAAGGUGUGGCAGCUGGCAUACCACUGGUAUAAAGUAUUAGCAAAGUAUAGUUCAAAUUAACUGACAUGACCAAGAGCUUUUCUCUUUCAAAAGAUGGAUUUUACUGUAAAUAGUUUCUCAAGAUAUUUUUAACUGGAUCAUGAGCAUGGGGAGAGAAAGUUUCUCAGCUGCUAUGAAUUUCCCCGCUGUUUACUUCUCUCACAGUGGUAUUGCAUAUAUGAUUACAAAAUUUUAGGUUUUAUUUGUAUCUAUUACCCAAACCAUUCAAUUGUCUUUAAUUUCAUCGUUGUCUUGGAGGACCAGUGCGUGAAGAGCUGGUGGGAGAAAGUCCCUCCAGCCACUCAGCGCUCUAACCCAGGAUUAAAACCAUCCCAUCAAGUAGUGUGUGAAGUCCAGUCUCUGUAAACUCUCCAGACCAAACGUUGUUGACGUGGACUCCUGCAGUCUAGUCCUGUAAGUGGAAGGACAACCAGCUGCCAGCAGCUGCUGGGAAAGGUCAUAUGAGUACCACAUAGCACAGUAUUAAUUUAUAGCAGGAAUCAUAUCUUGUAAAAUGUAUAUAAGACACUUUUAUGGUGCAAUCAUUUGUCAGAUUUUUGUCUGUUACGUUGUUCUUAGAGUGUACAUUCUUCUCAUGCCUAAGAAUAUCACUGUAAAAUCUGCUGAAAACUAUUUUUAGGUUUUAUUUGCACAAGACUGAAUUAGUUUGAGUUUUUGAGAAGCUCCUAUUGAACAAGCCUAAACAUCUGUAAAGAUAAAAAUCUUCAAUUCAUUAAAAGCAACCAUUUCAGUACAAUUCUUUCCAAAGGUAAUCCAUGUUCUGUGUUGUUAGUGUGUGGGUGUGACGUUUCUGACUCUUCCAUCUCUCACAAACCUAUUUUCUGUUCCAUCUGUUUUGUUUUUGAAGGAUGCCUUUUUUUUUUUUUCCUUUGUAAUGUUCUAGAUGACCAAAACACAUUAUUGGUUCUUAUCCUUUUACCUACAGCUUUUAUUUCUCCACGUGGUGUUCUGUGAGUUCACUGUUUAAUCUCUUCAGUGAAGUAACAAACAGUCCUGGUGACAGGCAAUCUAUUGAUUUAGAGGAAAGGUCCUGAAAAAGUGUUGAAAACUAACUUUGGAUCUGUUUUUAGCUAUUAUUUGGCCUCAUGGGCUUCGUGAGAAGAACAUGUUGCAUUUAUUUUGUCUUUAUUAAAAGACUACUAGUCACCAGUUACUCUGGUUAUAGUAACUGUUUUAUCAACCCAUUUUGAUUUUCUUUUAAAAAUUAAAUUUACACUCAUAAAACAGUAAGCUGUCUUUCAGAAAAUUUUUGAAGGAUAAAAAUAUAUGAAGGAAAAAGGUGGUCUGUGUAGGUAGAAUUGCCUAUACAGAGAUUGUAGUUGUAUUGCCUUGAGAGGUUUUAGUUUGUGGUCAAGGUCUGUAUAUUAUCCCAAACUUUAUUAAGAAUUGUUUUCUAAUUGGUUAUAACAUUUUUCAAUUAAUAGUUUCAAAACAAAUUGUUAAUACGACUGUAUAAAGUGAACAUAAUUUUCUUCACUUGUAUUUUUGUUAUUGAGCAAGUUUAUCAAAAUAAAUUGUCUACUAAAGAAACUAAAAA